AUGCCAAAAGCACCCAAAUCACCUGGCGCGCGCGACCAGCGACACAACCCUCUAGCCGAAGAAUAUGCGCCCUCAGACCCGUGGAAAAACAAGGCGCAAAAGCGACAAAAGCGCAGCAAGGGCGACAAGGACGAGGAAGACGAGCAAAAAUAUGUAGACUCCAAAAGCUCGCGCAAAAUCUUGGAGAUUGGACGAGAGCUGGAAGAGGAGGAUGCACGAGAAACCAAGGCCAAGAGACCACAAGAGGCUAAUCCUGCCUUUGAUUUUGAGACGCGCAUGGGAGAAGAUGACAUGGUCGAGGGGGAUGUAGUGCACGCAGAGGAUGACGACGAAGGGUGGGGAGACGACGAUGAGGAGGUCGAGGAGGUUGAGAUUGAUGCGAAUGACUUGGCAGCAUGGAAUAAGUUCAUCCCAACUGACGACAACCCAAUUGUAUGGCCUGGCGAAGAAGCGCAACCUUCAGGGCCAGGCACAGACCUGGCUGCACUCAUUCUCGAGAAGAUUGCGGCACACGAGGCCGGAGGCGAAGUGCAACACCCAGAGAUUCAAGGCGGUGGUGCUCCAGAAGACGCCAUUGAACUACCCGCCAAGGUUGUGGAAGUAUACUCCAAGAUCGGCCUCAUCCUGAGCCGCUACAAGAGUGGCAAGCUACCCAAGCCCUUCAAGAUCCUCCCUACAAUCCCCGCCUGGGAAACCCUCGUCGCCAUUACCCGUCCUGACGACUGGACCCCCAACGCAACCUACGCAGCAACCCGCAUCUUCAUCUCCGCAAAGCCUCAAACCGCCCAAAUCUUCCUCAACACCAUCCUCCUCCCACUCGUCCAACAAAACAUCCGCGAAACCCACAAGCUAAACGUGCACUUGUACAAUGCGCUGAAGAAGGCCCUCUACAAGCCCUCCGCCUUCUUCAAGGGCAUCGUCUUCCCCAUGCUCACAGACAUCUCCUGCACGCAACGCGACGCCGUCAUCGUCGCCUCGGUCGUGUCCAAAAUCUCCGUCCCCGUCCUCCAUUCUGCCGCCGCCCUGCACCGCCUCUGCGAGAUCGCCGCCGAGCAAAUGUCCUCAGACCCUGACGCCGCAGGCCCCUGCAACAUCUUCAUCAAGACUCUCCUCGAGAAAAAAUACGCUCUACCUUACAAAGUCAUCGACGCCCUCGUCUUCCACUUUCUUCGUUUCCGCGGUGUAGGCGCCAGUAGUGCGGAUGCCAUGGAUACGGAAUCCGUAGCUGGCGACUUGGGAAACACGGGCAAGUUGCCGGUGAUUUGGCAUCAGUGUUUGCUCGCGUUUGCGCAGAGGUACAGAAACGACAUCACGGAGGAUCAAAGGGAGGCGUUGCUGGACUUGCUGCUUACGAGGGGUCACCGGAGUAUUAGUGCGGAGGUACGGAGGGAGUUGCUGCAGGGCAGGGGCAGAGGCGUCAUGAUUGAGCAGCCGAGUGUGGGCGUUGAUGGUGAUGAUACUAUGAUGGGUGUUGAUGCUUAA